AUGUCGUCGCACGAUACUCGGUCGAUCCGCCAAUCCAAGCGGAUGUCGGUCACUGCCUUGUACCUGUCAAUGUCCGCCAAGGACCGGGACCUGGAGAUUUCUGAUGACUUGGCACGAGCACAAAAACAUCUGCGGGACUUGAAGUCUAGGAUCUCUUCGCAGUCCAAGAAGAACUUUGUGCUGGAGAAGGAUGUGCGGUAUCUCGAUUCACGGAUAGCAUUGCUUAUCCAGAAUCGAAUGGCCUUGGAAGAACAAAACGAAGUCGCCAGCCACCUCGAUGACACCGCAGACCCCCAGGAAGGGUUCUUCCCGAACGACGAGCGAACUCAGAAGUACGGCAACCUUCUCUUCCUCUUGCAAUCCGAACCCCGCCACAUCGCUCACCUCUGCCGACUGGUCUCCAUGGCCGAAAUCGAUUCCCUUCUCCAGACCGUCAUGUUCACCAUCUACGGAAACCAGUACGAGAGUCGCGAGGAGCACCUUCUGCUCACCAUGUUCCAGUCCGUUCUCACCUACCAGUUCGACAACACCCCCGAGUACUCCUCCCUGCUCCGCCAGAACACCCCCGUUUCUCGCAUGAUGACCACAUACACACGCCGUGGUCCCGGUCAGAGUUACUUGAAGCAGGUUUUGGCGGACCAGAUCAAUGCUCUGAUUGAGUUGCGCGAUGUGGAUUUGGAAAUCAACCCCCUGAAGGUCUAUGAGAGCAUGAUCAAGCAGAUUGAAGAGGAAACCGGUUCUCUCCCAGACUACCUCGCCCGGUCUGUGACAGCCGAGGAUGCUGCCGAUAACGCUCAGGUGCAGGCGAUUAUUGCUCCUCGUCUGAAGAUGUUAACCGACAUUGCCAAUGGAUUUAUCUCAACCAUCAUUGAGUCUGUCGACGAGGCCCCGUACGGUAUUCGGUGGAUUUGCAAGCAGAUUCGCAGUCUGUCGCGCCGAAAGUACCCUGAUGCCCAGGACCAGACCAUCUGUACCCUCAUCGGUGGUUUCUUCUUCCUGCGCUUUAUCAAUCCCGCGAUUGUUACUCCCCGAUCAUACAUGCUAAUCGACGCCACGCCUACCGACAAGCCCCGUCGAACCUUGACUCUGAUCGCCAAGAUGAUCCAGAACCUGGCGAACAAGCCCUCCUACGCCAAGGAACCUUACAUGGCCAGCCUCCAGCCUUUCAUUCAGCAGAACAAGGAGCGUGUUAACAAGUUCCUACUUGAUCUGUGUGAAGUGCAGGACUUCUACGAGAGUCUCGAGAUGGACAACUACGUGGCUCUGUCGAAGCGCGACCUUGAGCUCCAGAUCACCCUCAACGAGAUGUAUGUUAUGCACGGUCUUCUGGAGAAGCACAGCGCAGCGCUUGCCCAGGAUCAAUACUCCCACCUGUCUGUGCUGCUGCAAGAAUUGGGAGCUGCUCCCCCUCAGGUCCCUCGCAAGGAGAACAGGACCAUCACAGUGCCCUUGUUCAGCAAAUGGGAGACUGCGCUGGAUGAUUUGACCGCUGCCCUCGAUAUCACCCAAGAAGAAGUGUUCUUCAUGGAGGCCAAGUCGACUUUCGUCCAGAUUCUUCGAUCCCUGCCUCCGAACUCUUCAGUCGCUCGUCGGCCUCUGCGACUCGAUCGCAUUGCCGAGGCCGCUGCUACCUUGAAGAACGAUGCCGUGAUGGUGCGCAAGGGAAUUCGCACCAUGGAACUGCUCAGCCAGUUGCAGGACAUGGGCGUGAUCGACCGCUCUGACGAGUUCAGUCUGCUUCGUGAUGAAGUGGAGCAGGAACUGGUGCAUCUCGGUUCCCUCAAGGACAAGGUGCUAGAGGAGACGCGGAAACUUGAAGAAGUUUUUGCCACCAUUCGCGACCAUAAUGCCUACCUGGUCGGCCAGCUUGAAACGUAUAAAUCAUACCUGCAUAACGUGCGCAGCCAGUCCGAGGGCAAAACUCGUGGCAAGACUACGAAACACCAGGAGCUUGGACCAUACAAAUUCACUCAUCAGCAGCUGGAGAAGGAGGGGGUUAUUCGUCGCAGCAAUGUGCCUGAAAACAGACGGGCGAACAUCUACUUCAUGUUCAAGAGCCCGUUGCCCGGUACAUUCGUUAUCAGCCUGCACUAUAAGGGCCGAGCCCGUGGAUUGCUAGAGCUUGAUCUCAAGCUCGAUGAUCUCCUUGAGAUGCAGAAGGAUAACCUCGAAGACCUCGAUCUGGAAUACGUCCAAUUCAACGUCACCAAGGUGCUAGCACUUCUCAACAAGCGAUUUGCUCGCAAGAAGGGAUGGUAA